AUGGAGAAGCUAAUGAACAAAUAUUCAGAACGCAGGGAAGAGCUACUGGGAUUUGAAAAUAAAUUUAAACUCGAUUACAGUGAGCAGGAUAACAUCAAAUUUCAUCCCGAUUACAGUUUCGCCGUGGAAUUCGUGGACCGCGUUAGGUGCUAUGAGUGGUACAAUCUCUGGUUUAAAGCUCAGCAUACAGAAGUAGGGGCCCCAUUCCUUGACACCAAAAACAUAAUCGCGAAAACGAAGCUGUUUGAAUUAAUCAAGAAAAUGCCCAAAGGCGGUCUCUUGCACGCCCACACUGAUGCAUCCGUGCCAUUGGGCGAUGUAUUCAAAAUAGCUCAUAAGUACGGUGCAUUUAUACAAAUCAAGUCCACACAUCCUCUCACUCAACACAACAUACAUUUUGGAUUGGCUAAGAUUUCGUUCAGGCCAGCUAAUCAAGACAAACUGCCUUCUAUAGAUGCUAGUGUUAUGCUGACUGAAAGCUACGAAACCGGAACUUGGUGCAACUACAAUCAACUCGCUCAACUCGCUCAACACCCCGACAAUAACAAUAUAAUACCGUUUAUUGAGAAACAGAUGCUGAUUACUGCAGAAGAAAGCUACAUCACGCACAAUACAAUGGGCAAGAUAUGGUCAAAGUUUGGCAGUUGCUUUGGUGUUCUCUCUGGUCUUAUAGCAUUCGAACCCAUCUGGGAAGAAUAUAUAAAGCGACUUGUGCUGAGAUGCGUUGAAGAUGGUGUUGGGUAUGUAGAAACCAGGUUGCUCUUGAUCAACGAGUUGUCUUACGACGUUAACUGCAACCUCCGUUUAACGCGUCGUGACUCUAUCUUGAUUUUCUUACGCGGCGUCGAAUCAGCGAAAGAUGUACUUCGGGAGGAAGGAAGACUGGAUAAAUUCUAUGGCAUAAAUAUUAUAUACUGCACACUGCGAUUCGUCAGUGAAGAUGAGUUGUGGAAUGCUAUGUUAACAUGCUUAGACAUAUACAAGGAGUUCCCAACGCUUAUCAAAGGAUUUGAUUUGGUUGGGCAUGAGGAGUCACCCUCCGGACACACACUCAACGACUACCUUGAAACUCUGCUACGCUUCCAGCAAAAGCAAAUUGAGGAAUUUGGAGAUAUCAAGAUACCUUAUGUCUUUCAUGCAGGAGAGACACUGCACGAUGGGAGUAUCGUAGAUGACAAUCUCUAUGACGCGCUGUUAUUAGGAACGCGAAGGAUAGGACACGGUUAUAGUCUAUACAAGCAUCCAACUCUUAUGCAGAUGUGCAAAGAGAAAGGAGUUUGUGUAGAGAGCUGUCCAAUCUCAAACGAGGUAUUGAGAUUGACGGGAGGGAUUGGAAACCAUCCAAUCACAUGCCUGAUAAAUCAUGGAGUACCGGUGACACUAUCCAGUGAUGAUCCUGCGAUAUUCCAGAACGCCAUCUUAUCUUAUGAUUUCUAUAUGCUAAUCAACCACUCAAACAAGACAAAUCUUGGGACACUCAAGGUACUGGCAAGGAAUUCAAUAGAGUACUCGCUGAUGGAUGAGGAAGAUAAAAGCAGAGUCAAAGGAAAGUGGGAACAAGAUUGGGAGGAGUAUGUUCGCUGGUUGAGAAGACAGGGAGAAGAGUGGAAAUGA